AUGUGGAGCAUGUUCGCAGUGGGUUCCUCGCAGGACGACAACAAUGUCACUGGAGAAAGCUACCGUGCAUGGUCGCCAAUCAAGCUUUACAAUAUUGCUAGACAGCUCAUCCCUGACGAGUUAGGCAACUUCGAGUUGGACCACGUGAAGGCUCUUCUUAACCUGGCCUUAUUCAACAUCAACAGAAGACUUUUUGAUGCUUCUUGGCAUCUAGUUGGAGCUGCUUUGCGAAUAUCACUCAUGCUUGCUGAAACAUCGGAUGUAGCUGCGUCUCGACGAAAGCAUGUCAUGUCUGGUUGUUUCGUACUUGACAGUGUCCUUUCUCUACAUUUGAAACGACGUCCUUAUCUCGACAGGGGUGAACUGUCGUGGAUGGGCAAGAUAGAAGAGGAUGGAAUGGAAGAAUGGCAGCCGUGGAGUGGGCAUCUUAAUCUUGAUCCAACGCGUCGGUCGAAUUCUCCAACACUUGCCUUGAGUACCUUCAACGCUCUCCUGGAGUUGGUUGAUAUUCUUGGGUGUACCUCUAGGGAGCAGACAGCACCAAAUUUCCUACAUGAGAUGAUCGGUCGGCUUGAGAUGUGGAAAUCGGCACUUCCACAGAGACUUGAAUACAUUCGGAAAGACUCUGCCUUUACUCCAGCAACGCCGCCCGCGUUACUCUUGCGAUUCACAUAUCUUGUUACUGCGUUCACGCUUGUCCCCUCACAGGCAUGGCUUCAGCAGAUCUUAGACAUGUUGAGCGUACUGCAACGGCAACUUGGAGCCACGAGAAUGCCAGCGAUCAUUGCUUGCCUAUUACAAAGUAUCAGGAGAAGUAUCGCUAGUUUAAACCUAGAUCAACCGACUCACGCCCGGAUUCGAGAAUUGUUUGCCACGCUCGGCCAAUCAUCCCAUGAGCCUUCAGAAGGAGCAUCAACAGGUUUAAGAUCGGUAUCUAUUAGCCGAAGAGAUCCAUCUUCAGAAAAUCCUGGGACUUUACAGACCUCUCCCCAACCUCUUGUACCACAACUUCGUGGCCCGUUCGUUGAACGAUACCAGCAACCACCUGACCCUUCUAAUAUGGUUCAUGGCAGACUACCAGACAUGGGUAGCAAUCACCAAGGACAUAGUGUCCCGCCAUUUGAACCAAACUUAUUCGACUUCGGGAUGGCCGGACCAAUCUUCGAUCCCCAUGAUCCCUAUAAUGCUUUGGUGUCUGGUGACCUGGGAAGCUUUCUCGAUGACUUCGCUUCGAAACACGGUGCCAAAAAACUGCAGAACCAGCCACAGUUCAUGGAGAACCUAGGUUUCUCGUCAGAAGUCAGCAUGGCCGACCUUCUAGCAGCGGACCCUGGGCGGUUCAUGCCUACCGCGUCGAACAUGGGCGCAGACAACAGCGAGGAGUCUCCCCAAUUUCCGUUGAACACAUUUUAUGAUGCUGGAUGA